GGUAUGCCCCGGCAUGAGCCUAUUGAUGCGAUAUGUCUCCUCCGUACCCUCUGGUAUCUCGUUAUUAUUCUUGUCGGCACUCUGCAAAGCCUCGAAUGUGGAUUGGACGAAGAUGUAGGGUACAUCUCUAAGAUGAUGCUAUACAAGUAUAGUAUAUGUUGUAUAAAUGUAGACUAGUCACUGUAUAUUUUUGAGUUAGGCUACAGUUGCCUUGUGUGCCUGGCUACGUUGGAUUAACUGGAGAAGCUAGGAUCAUCGGUCGCGCCCUUGUGGGCUUUGACUUGUCUAUCAUAUUCACAGGGAGUGAGUAUCAAAAUGAGGGACGCCGAAGGAGUGGUUUUUGGACAAGAUGCGGACAGAAUGGUUGGGGCAGUGCUUCGUAAGAUGCUGAGGCUUUUCGAUGGUGGAUUCUUGUGGAUGGGAAAUGCUCCCUAAUCUUCCCUGCCCUCCUCCUCCCUCUCCUGAAAACCCCAAUCCCUCCAUCUCUCGUUCUCACUUUCUCCAUCACUCCAUCACUCCCUGGUCGCCAUGACGUCCGCGCUGCAAACGCUGGGGCUUAAGCUGGCCCCGCCCCCUCAGGACCUACACCCUGAGCGGUUGGACGGCUGCGAGGAGACGGGCCGGCGCUACAAAGUGGUUCCCUCCGUCGUGUGCUCCAUGUGUUGCCUCUUCGGCAUCAUCUACUGCUUCUUCGGCUACCGUUGUUUCAAGGCGGUGAUGUUCCUGACGGGCCUGAUGUUCGGCUCCAUCGUCAUCUUCCUGUUGUGUUAUAAGGAGCGCGUCCUGGACACCCAGCUCAGUGUUGAGGCCUCUGUGGGCAUCGGCCUAGGCAUCGGCACCCUCUGCGGCCUGGUCACCAUGCUGGUUCGCUCCGUGGGUCUCUUCAUGGUGGGUCUCCUCCUGGGCCUCUUGGUGGCUGUGGCUACCCUGGUGGGCAUGGAGGAGCUGUCCAACAGCCCCCCGAGGUCGGUCUGGGUCCCCCUGGGGGUGCUGCUCGGCCUGGGCAUGCUGUUCGCCGUUCUCACCCUCCAAUGGCAGCGCUUUUUCACCACCGUGUCCACGGCCGUGUUCGGGGCGGCGGUGAUCACCGUGGCGCUGGACUACUUUGUGGAGCUGUUUGCCCUGGUGCUGUACCUGUACGAGAGGGUGAAAGCGGCGCCCAGAGGGAGACCCGUCUGCUGGAUCACCUGGGUGGUGCUGGGGGUGUGGCCUGUUCUGACACUCCUGGGGGUGCUAAUACAGUGGAAGGUGACAGCAGAGGGAUACUCCCACACCAAGGUGAUAAUCAGUCGUCAGCAGCGACGGGUCCAGCUGAUGCGUAUCCGUCAGAAGGAGGAGCGGAGGGACCGCAGCAGGAAGAGGAAGAAUAAGCAACAGAGAGACUCCACCCACAGCUCUCACCCUCCCAAACCCCUGCACCCCGAGCCCGCCUAUCGCAGGAAACCCAACCCUAUACGACGCUUUGACGGGGACGUCCUUUCGCCUAGUUACAUCCAGAGUUUCCGGGACAGACAGGUGGAGGCUAGGCCGUAUCCUGGAGGGGGCAGACUGAUGGGGGGAGGAGGGGCUCACACCAAUGUGGAUGUGGACUAUGACUGCGGCUCCACCACGCCCCUCACUGCGGCUGCAGGCCCCUUACUACGAGUCUGAACACUCCCCUAACCACUGGUCCGACCACACCCCCAGAAACCUGUACAGCAGUAUGAAUCUGGCAGCCACAUCACACCCCCCAAAAGGUGUGACCACACCCACAACCCACCUGUGCUGCAGUAUUGUUCUGACCACACCCUUAAACGGUGUGACCACACCCCCGUAGGCCUGUAUUGCAGUUUAGGUCUGACUGACUACUCCCCCACCACAAUGCUGGAGCCAAUCAGAGUAUGUGAAUAGUAAAGGCCUGAACUCCUUUUUCAGGUUUCACACACACACCAGCCACAUGCAUGAAAAUACUGUACACACAUCCACAAACACCGCAGUGGAACUGGACCUGGUGGACAGAGAGAGAAAUACAGGGCCUCCAACUGGAUGGAUAGAUGUUGCCCGAGGCUUCUCUCUCUCCAGCCAGUCUCCAUCAGGACACAGUUUAAAGAAGCAUGGCUCAGGUUUCGAACGAGGCAUCGUUUUACCAUGGACACCGGAUUACAAUCCUCUCUCUUCAGGAUUUUGAAAAGAUUUUAAAGUGUGUCUACUGCUCGGCAGUCUUAAUUCUUCAAAUCGUUCCCUGUCGUCAACAGGCAGUUCCUUUUGUACUGCAUUUCUACGGUUCCAUCCUUCUAUGGAGUUGGGACCUUCUGAUGAGAACUGACUAGUAAUAAACACCCCUGCUCUGUGCCAUGCUCUGUGCCAUGCUCUGUGCCAUGCUCUGUGCCAUGCUCUGUGCCAUGCUCUGUGCCAUGCCAGCCCAACAACAGAUCACCUCCUGGGAAGGAGAAGAAUAUGUGUCUUUUAAGAGGAAGUAUUAUGCAUUCUUGGUGCUGGACGAUAUCCGUCUUUGGAAAGCAGGUUGAACUCCCCCUUCUUUAACGGAAGUUGGGAGAUCCGGUGGAUUUAUGGGUGCCUUGUGAUUGCCCUUACUUGGACUGUACCAUUCAGCGGUGGGAUAGGGGUUAUCGGCAGUGGUCACUGAAUGAGACAUGUGAGAGACUAUAUGAUAACAUGCUAUUUUAUUAUAGUGACAGACAUCAAAGUUGUUGCAAUAGGAAUGAGGGUAGGCCUAUGUCUAGCAGAGGAGCAACAGUGAACCAAUCAGGGAGCAAGCAAGGAAACAGUGGAUGGCGAUUGGUCUAACCUGCCCGGGGCUCUACCAAAAGGAGCACUACAGGAAGUCAGCACAGGGUCAGUAAGGGGUCAAUAAAGAGUUCAAAACAGAAAGGGUUCAGAAUAAACGAUCGACCAAUACCAUGAGAGUAUUGACCAAUCCCCAUCUACUCUACAGAGAGGACCAUUCAGGUCACAGAGGAUAGCCUAAAAAAGAACCCCUACAAAAUGUGCAUUAGUGUUCUGAAUAUGGGCCAAAACAUUCUGUCUGUAGUGUAUCAGUAAAUGACCGGACGUCUAUGGUUUAUUAUUGUCUUUGACUCAGACUGUGAUAAUAUAAUACAGGCUUGAUGAUGUUAUUAUUAGGAUUGCCCCCAUUGGGCUGUGGGGUCAGGACAUGGUAUAAGAAUCGAAAUUCCUUUCCCAGAAUCUUCCAGGGGAAACCUACCUGGCUUGCAAGACUCAGUGGUUCCUUCCUGUUCCUGUCCCCCUCUCUUAUGUCUCCCAUGGUAUUGUCCUCCUCACCUCACCAGACAAUGGUUCCUAUCCCCUUCUAGCCUGAUCGCCCCACAUCUAACAACCACAUGCAUAGUUCGUAACACUUCUCAUGAAUGGCUUCUUAAUAAUGCAUUAUAAGCACAUGUAUAAUGCAUAAUGCACUAUAAUGCAUAGAUUAAAUUGAUAUUCAUGAGCACUUAUUAUGGGCUUAUUGUACAUUAUGAAGAGCGCAUUCAUAGGAAGUGUUAGCAAAUUAGCCUGAGUGCCAGUCUUGUUUAAGCCAUCAUGUCAACUCCUUGCCACUCAAUGUCUUGUCAAACAUGCUUUAGCAUGACAAUGAGUGACAAGGAUUUGGCUUGGUAGCACAAGCAGAUCUGGGACCAGGCUAUGACAGAGAUGGCGGUACAGCACAAACAGUAGAGAUGUGUAACUCCUCACAGUCUCCCUCCCUGCAUUCUUCUGACCUUCUGUCUUGUACAUAAACAACACUGUUACAGUACUUUUUCCCCUUGUACUUCUUGCUUAAUUUGAUUGUUUUAGUUUUUCUCAUGGGUUUAUUUUAGGAUACUUGAUUUUAUUUAUAUGAAAUAAUGUGUCCUUUCUGAAGUACUGUAUGUAUAUGUAUUUAUCAGGUAAUUUAUUGACAUCUUGACUUCAGGAGUGCAGCCUCAUAAAUGUAGGCUGGUGAUAUUCCAUGCUUCUUAUUAUUAAAAGUAUAAUUAUUAUUAUUAAAGCAUGUGUUUUUAUGAUAAACAAAGUGAUUCUACAAUG